GCUCAGCUUUAGCGCGCAUUUUCAAAGUGAUUUAUCGAAAUGGAUGAAAAUCAAACCAAGUCCAAACUGAAACGGAAGAAAUCGAGUGUGGAGAGGCCACAGGCGGAGUCAUUUUCCCGGGACAGAGAGAGAAGCAUGGACAUCACAGAGGAGAUCUGUGGGUCAGUGGAUCCUGCAGCCGCAUGGUGGAGCAGAGAGGAGCUGCCUGCAGCGGAGAGUCUGUGGGCGAUCACCCUGAAUUCUGCCCUGCCGUACCUGCAGGACCAGCACCGGCACCUGGUCCCUGAUCUUCCAAAUCUGUCUGCAGGGAGACCCGCAGCACAACAGUUAGGUGAACAAUGGUGGUGUGACCUCAGAGAAGACGUGGGCCCUCUCCCCGAACCCGCUCCACCUUCUCCGAGGACUUUUUCGAGUCCAGAUCCUCUCGGCCGCUGCUCCCCUCAGAGGGAGGUUGCAGUACAUACCAAACCUGCAGUGCACACCUCUGACACACAGUUCUCCUCUCACAGCAGUGGCAGAACAGCACCUCAAGCCCUCGGUAAAAGACAGUGGUCAUCCCUCCACAACCGAGAGGAGGCGGCAUCAUCAGCAGGAUGCUCAAGUGUUAGGGGAGGAGAGGGGGGGGGAGGAGGAGAGCAAGAUGAAACAGUUGGACUGGUGAAAAGACAGCUUAUCACAAACCAGGUGAAGAAGAGAGUAAAUGAAGAGGAGGUUGUGAUGGAUAAAGAGGAAGAGGAGGAGCUGGGGAGUGUCAGAGGAGAUGUAGGAGCUGCAGGAGGAGGAGAAGAAGGAGGAGGAGAAAGGCUGCAGAGCUGCCCCAUGUGCCUGAUUGUGUUUCCUGUUGGGUUCACACAGAUGGACUGUGACGGUCACCUGGCCCAGUGUCUGUCGGAGAUGAACGUGGACAUGACCUGGUGAGCCCACAGGUGGCUACGCUGGCUGCCGUCCAGGAGCUGUGAGCAGCCCAGAUGCCCCACGCUCUACAGGAUCCCGCUGUACGAGGGACACACCCAGAGCACAGGGAGCGCUCAUAUUCAGUGAUGUUCUGACACCUUACACAGGCCCCACACUGGCAGAGGCACUCCUGCUGGGACACAAACAGCAUUUGUAUGUUACAGGAGAGGGGUCUUUUUGAGGAAUGUCCAUCUGGCUUUGGUCACAAUGACUCUGACUGCACCUCUCAGAGGACCCUGCUGUCAUAUUUUAUUUACCCGCUUGAGACCCUAGUUCCCACUACAUUUGAGUCCACUUGAUCGUUUCCACUUGCCCCCUGGUAGCCUACCUUUGAUUCCAGCCAGUCAAGUCCUCCAAACUUAAAUGACAAUUCGACCCAUCAUCAACUGAACCAGGUCACAUCCUCCUCAGAGAGCUACUUCAUAAGUCCACAUUCGACUGAUUGAUUGAAAGAUGCAGUUGUUUUUUCAGACAUAACACAUUUGAAUUAUAACUGCAUACAAAUAACCACUGACUAAUAUUAAGCUUAAAAAGUUACAGACGUGAACUGUGGAAGAUGUUUGGAGAAUUUGGUCCGGACUUUGCCUUUCAAACAUGAACAACACUGCAGGAGAUUGUCUACUCUGACGUGUUCACAGAAAUCUCUCUAGUGUUCAGAUGAGGGGUGGAGCAGCAGGCAGAGGCAGGAUAGAAAACCAGCGUCGGCUCUUAUCACCAAAAACUCUUAUGACAUCUAUGCGUAUGCCACCGCUUUUUCAUCCUGAGAUAUUUGUUAUCUUUUUGUUUUUAUUUUCAGUUUUACGUCUGUCGCAUGUUAGAAACGUCUUCAACGAGUGGGGGGCACGCAAUUGCUGUGAAUCCUGGAGAGGAUCUCCUGCUGUGUUCUCACAUCGGCUCAUUCCGGCGUUCUGCAGAGUUGUUUCUCGGGCGCCAGACUCUCGUUUUUGUGGUUUUUACGCACAUUUUUUCUGAUGGAGUGAAAAGAGCUGAGCGGGUUUAAGCUUCGGCUCAUUCAGCCCAUUUUCUUGUUACUUUGGAAAGUCUUCAUACAACCAGAAAGCCCAGAAAACAAGGAAAAACAUUAUGUGAUGUAAACAAAGUACAGAGCUGUUGCUGGGACGUACUAUUCACCUUUGCCUAGCAUAAGGAAGCAGGUGUGAGCCAGGCUCCGUCCACAGGCAAGAAACACAAACAUCACUUCAGCUUAUGAAGACGUUGUUUCUUGCUGGACCACAUGCAGCAUCAGUCGGUGUCGGUGUAACAGUGAGCGGGGCGUUAUUGUUUGUGUGCAGAUCAGUUCACGUGUUCAUCCGUGACCUUUAGAGGUUCCCCUGCCCCCCCACAGUCUUUUAGCUGAGCAAUGCUGAAAAAGUCCCGACUCCAGCUAUGAACUGAGACUGAUUCAUUGACCUUCUCUUGCUGCUCCCAGAAAAAUACCUUGAACGUUUGAACGAAAUGUA